UUCAGUGUGUAUGUGUGUGUUUUUUACUUUUUGGCUGAGUUUCUCUUCGGGGUUUUUUUUAAACACACCAGGCGUUAGCCUUGCGAUGCUGAAGCAGCCCUUGUCUCUUUACACACACCCUUCCCUACGGUUGUGCUUCAGGCCCCCAUCUGCUUCUCCGAAGGAUUGUGAAAUUGGAGGACGGUAAUUCUGAGUGAAGGACCUUGCAAGCGCUACUAAGUGGUUAUCAUGGGCUUAAUUGCGUUUCUGAAGACCCAGUUUAUAGUUCACCUCCUGAUUGGGUUCGUCUUCGUUGUGAGUGGGUUCAUCAUUAACUUCAUCCAGCUAUGCACGCUAAUCCUCUGGCCUAUAAAUAAGCAGUUUUAUCGAAGAGUGAACUGCCGCCUUUCCUACUCAUUGUGGAGCCAAUUAGUGAUGUUGCUGGAAUGGUGGUCUGGUACAGAAUGCACUUUGUUCUCAGACCAGGCUACAGUCGAUAAGUUUGGAAAAGAGCAUGUCAUCAUCAUUCUGAACCACAACUUUGAAAUAGACUUUCUGUGUGGCUGGACCAUGACAGAGCGAUUUGGCGUCUUGGGGAGUUCAAAAGUUCUUGCUAAGAAAGAGCUGUUGUACGUGCCCCUAAUUGGCUGGACAUGGUACUUCCUGGAGAUUGUUUUCUGCAAAAGGAAAUGGGAAGAAGACAGAGAUAAAGUUGUCGAAGGCCUAAAACGAUUGUCCGAUUAUCCAGAGUAUAUGUGGUUUCUUUUGUACUGUGAAGGAACUCGUUUUACAGAGACCAAGCAUCGUAUCAGUAUGGAAGUGGCAGAAUCCAAAGGAUUGCCUAAGCUCAAAUAUCACCUGUUGCCCAGAACCAAAGGUUUCACAACUGCCGUCCAGUGUCUCAGGGGAACAGUUUCAGCCGUGUACGAUGUAACGUUAAACUUCAGAGGAAACAAGAACCCCUCCUUAUUAGGAAUCCUUUAUGGGAAGAAAUACAAAGCUGAUAUGUGUGUCAGGAGGUUUCCACUAGAAGAUAUCCCUUUGGACGAAAAGGAAGCAGCAAAGUGGCUCCAUAAACUUUACCAAGAAAAGGAUGCUUUACAAGAGAAGUAUAAUCAAGAGGGUACAUUUCCUGGAGAGCAAAUCAAACCUCGCAGAAGACCAUGGACUCUCCUCAACUUUCUGUUCUGGGCCACCAUUGUCCUGUCUCCUCUUUUCAAAUUUGGUUUUGGCAUUUUUGCAAGCGGAUCUCCUCUCUUGAUUCUUUCAUUCAUGGGCUUUGUUGGAGCAGCUUCAUUUGGAGUUCGCAGACUGAUCGGCGUAACAGAAAUAGAAAAAGGCUCCAGCUACGGCAACCAAGAAUUCAAGAAAAAGGAAUAACUUCACAGAUACAGUUCCAAACAUAUAACAAGACUAUGGUAUCAAAUUAACUUCAUUGAAAGAAAGACACUUAGAAAACUUAUCUUUUUUUUCUUAUUAACUGAUAACUACUAAUACUUGAGCCAAGACUGAAGAAAUUGGAAGAUUCAAGAGGAAGAGGAAACAGUUGACUACUUACCUGCCCAAGGAUCCCUGUGUUCAUAAGCUUGGGGAGAAAAAAAUAUCUGGGCUAAUAUUUUGUUUUAUUUUUGGCUUUCUUGUGGGUGGGAGGGGGAACUAAUGGGUGUAGCUACAUGCAUCUUCAGAUAAACUGGUUUGUCUUUCAAGAGUACAACACUUGCUCGCAAGAGGAGCUACUGAAUGUUUCUUCUUGCUAAAACUAAUAUUUUCUUAUUCAUGGCAUCUUUUUUUAAAAAAACAAACAAGCAAGGCAGCAUGAAUUGCAGCAAAACACAAUCUCCAAUUGACUAACAGCUGCUCCUCGAGGAGGAAGCAGUUUAGAAAAGCUACUUCAUCCUUGCAGAUGUUUUAUUUGCAGAUGUUUUAUUUUUAGGUUAAUAUUUAUUCAUUUCUGUACACCCGUGGCGUUCCAAUGGCAGCAGUACCUGACUGAUAAGCACAUACUUUGAACAAGGCUCUAGAAUUAAUGCGGUUCCAGGCUUCCCUACUCGACAAACACAUUCCCUACCCCUCAUGCACUCCCAGCUGAAACAGGGAUGUGCUUAGCUCAGUUUCCUACAUAGAUUUGCUAUUUCUUUCUUUAAAAAAACAAAACAAAAAGCUUAUAUGAUGACCCUGAAAUUGUUACCAGUAUGACUAUGGCUGCUCAGUCAUUUCAUCUUGGCAGUUCUGCCCCCACUGCAAAAAAAAAGAAAGUCUGUUCUCAGAAUCUCCUGUAUGGCUUGUGGUGAAAAACAGCCUAAAACAACAGAGGAACCUGGAAACAAAUUGUAUUCAAAAAGCUACUAAUUGUAGUAGAUAACACAGGGCUGGUACUGUACCUCUGCAGCCUUCAGCACACUUACUUGGAAGGAAACACUACUGAUUUCAGGUCAAACUUUCUUCCAGGCAAAUGUGUUUAGGGCUGGAAUGUCAGUUUGCCUACAUUAUCACGGGAUAUUGCCAGGUCAUCCAGCAAUCAAUGAAGCUUUUUUAAAAGGUUCAGACUUAUUGAGGAUUUUCUGCUGCACAUUAAGAGCUACCGGUUUGGUUUCAACAAUCUCUUGCUCCAAAAACACAUAUAAGAGCUAAGUAGAAAGGUACUUGAUGUGGUGGCUGUCCUCAGUCACAAUGCAUUGAGGUUGCUUCCCUAUGGAAAGCCAUUUGUUUGCUUGGCCUUCAAGCCAACCAUGUUUUGACUGGCACAGCACCUCGAGGUUUACUCCAUAUAACAAAUGUUGUAGGUGAAUGACUAGUCACAAAGUCUCCCUUCAGAUACUGUUUUGUGUGCAGCUGCCUUUAAUAGGGCUUUGCAAAUUGAUUUCUGCAUCACAGAAAUAUUUGAAAGUAUAUGGCAGUGGCAUAUAUCAUCUUCCAGUGCUGGGACCAAAUUUUGCAAUCAGAUCCGCAUCCAAAAAACAAACAAACAAAAACAAUAGGAAUUAAGCUUUAUAAAUGGGAUUCAAAGCAGAAUUGGGCCCCUACUGCUCCUUAUGAUGUGAUAGUAACACACACAUCCUCUCAUAGCCAGGGGUAAAUGUGUGACAUCUUACUUUCCAAAUGUUAGCAUUUUAAAAUUAUUCUUAUUCCUCACUUGCAGGAGCUCGUUUUGAGAAUACUUUUAUGUGCAACUUGCCACUCUGAAGUUUGGAAAUAUUCUUUGUGGAAACUGCUUAUCUUAGCUUUCUCAUGCUGAUGAAUGUUUGCUUAGGGAUUUCUACGUGAAAGGUUUUUGGAAUUGUCCUAUGGAGCCAUGAUCAAAACAACCAAUAUCCAAACAUGUAGAAAAUGGCAUGCAAGAGAAUGGUCCAUGCAGCUAGAACACUGCGCUAUCCGUUCCUAUUUCUGCAGAGACAAGCCAUUUUUCAAAUAAAGCGGUUGCUUGCCUCUUCAGUGAGGGAACUACUAUUGCAGAAAAAGAUCUUCAUUGUCUUCUUAAGUCACAGCCCACAGUAUCCAUGAAUUUUGCUUUCCCCCAGCAUAACUGUCAGUCCCGGAAUCGGUAAGCUACGCUUCCUGAAAGGGGACAAAAUCUACCCUGACUGUAAGGGCAGACAACUUAUUAACUUCAUUGGAAGUUGAACCUGUGCUUCUUGGGGAGAAUCCAGCCAUGACUAUUUUUUACUUAGUAAAUAUAUUCUGCUUUUUGUUUUGUUUUUAAACAGACAGCUAAGCAGAGAGAUUUCCCCUCUGUUAUCCAACCAGAGGACUGAACAGGCAGGAUUGUGUUUUUUAAAAGUACUUGGUAAAUAACACUUCCUUGUUGGAAAGGUUUUUUUCUUUCCUCCGUUUAACAGAUGCUGUAUAAUUGCUUUCUGAAGAAGAUGUUGAAUAUAUUUUAAAUGCACUAAAUAACAAAAACAAAGUGGGAAAGUCCCCUGGCUGUGCAUUACUUGUGAGCAAGGAGUUCUGUAUUGAUAGAUAAGGCCAGACACUGUAACAGAAUUAGUGGGGGGGGCAGGCGGGGGUCGUGCAGGAAGAAAUGUUGCAAGGAAGCAGAGUGUACAGAUCUGUUAAAAUAGGUGUCCAGCCUCCACUUAGCGCAAAUGGCUCCUGCUAAAAGGUAUUGGGAGUACUGCAUGUACAUUAUGGAGAGAAAAAGCAGGUGUUUUCCUUCUGUUUUGUUUUCAUAUCAUGACAUUUUGAUCAUAUUUUGUUUUUGAAGACAUAGCAAAGUAUACAUUAAUUUGUUUGCAGUUUUAGAAAGACAUAUCCGUUUUGAAAACUGAAGUGUACAACAUGGCACAAUCUAGUACAUGGCAGCUCAUCUUUUUGGCUUGAAAUUUUGGUUUGUCUCUUCAAAUAGUUUUUUAUAUAAAUAUGCAGAGUACGUGUGAGAGAGUAUUACUGGAAACAGCAGUAAGUGUGUCUCAUGAAGAAUAUCAAGCGGUUUGGGUUGGAACAGUGAGCAUAGAUUUUAUACCUUACACUAUUUUCUUCUGGUUUAAUAGAACAUAGCUUGUAUAUUUGACUACCAAGCCCUUUGAGAGCAAUAAUAAACAAAAUAUAUCAUGAA